CUGAAAAACUUGCAAUUUCGCAGAGAAUGGGUCUCUCUUUAUUUCGCCGGGCCCAAAUGUUUUUUUCGUCAGACUCCGAUGACGAUUUGCUUAUGAUAAUGACAAUACUUGCGAUGCAGCAAAGACCGAGAAGGCAGAGAGGAUCAACAUCACGUCGUCGUCGUUCUAUUCAACGUCGUCUUGAAUUCAACUCAUCAAACAAGUUCAACAUCGACCAGAUCCAAUGCAGCAAUCAAGAUUCCAAAAUAAAAGACGAUUUGGAAGAGAGUGGUUGCUCUGCAUGCGAUGAUACAGAUGGAGAAUCCGGGCCUCGUCGGAAGCUGCCGAGGGCUCAGAGGAAGAGGCUUCGCAAGAAGAAGCUCAAGGAGGACGCGUUCCGCCGCGGAAAUAUUGCUGGGCCGUUGUUACCUUCAACAAGUGAAAGUGAAGCUGGUGACUGUGGCGGUGGAGGUCGUGAUGUUGAGACAGAACCUCCAGGUGUUCGUCGUAAUGCCGCUGAGAAGGGAGUUGAUGCUACAGUUGACAACUAUGGUGAAGGCAAGAAGAAGCUCAAGGAGGAUGCAUCCCGCCGAGGAAAUAUUAUUGGGCCGUUGUUACCUUCAACAAGUGAAAGCGAAGCUGGUUACUGUGGCGGUGGAGGUGGUGAUGUUGAGACAGAACCUCCAGAUAGUCGACGUAAUACCGCUGAGAAGAAAGUUGAUGCUACAGCUGACAACUCAGGAGAGGAGGCUGCUUCUGCUAACCAAACAAAACUGAAGCACAGAAGGAUGGCUAAAAGGCUGGCAAAGGAAAGAUUGAAGUCAUCUAAUAUGGAGAAUUGCAAUCAAAAUGACCAGCCUUGUGCUGAGGACGUGGGUUCACCUGAAAUCGUGUUGCCGUGGUGAAAUCUGCACAGGGUGAAGCCAUAGAGCCGCAGAUACCCAAUGGAACGGCCAGUGCAGGUUUUUGAUGAAUACCAUGGAAUGUUGAAUGGUUGAAAUGACAGAGACACUGCCGAAAGUCCUUGUUUAUUUUGAUGCUUCUUUUGAUGUAAAAUGACGAACAUUUAUUUUGAUUCCUCUGAUAUAUUACUUAUAGAGAAGUGUUUGGUGGACAACAUUUGCACAACAAGAUUCAUUAGCGGGACUAGUGAGUACAUGCAUGAAUUCUACUGGUGAGUCUUGUUAUGUAAAUAACAAGAUUCAUUAGCGGGACUCGUGAGUACAUGCAUGAAUUCUAUCGGUGAGUCUUGUUAUGUAAAUAACAAGAUUCAUUAGCGGGACUCGUGAGUAUAUGCAUGAAUUCUACCGGUGAGUCUUGUUAUGUAAAUAUUGUGCAACAAAGUGAUGUAAAAAUCUUUUUCCUAACUUGUAUUAGCAUUCAGCUCCCUGGGCAUGGGCAUAAAGA